UUGGAGCUUACAGACUGCAGGGCAGCUAAAGCCCACCCAUCAGUGCUGAUCCAGUCACAUCUGCUCAGUCGUGCGACAAGGUUGGGGCUUUUAGAGCAGGGAGAAGCUAAAGUUCACCUUUUUUGCUGCUGAACGCCAAGCAACAAGAGGAGCCCAGUUCUUCGGCGGAACCUUUCACUGUGCCAGAAAUGGGUGACUGGAGUUUCUUGGGGAACAUUUUAGAAGAGGUGAAUGAACAAUCCACGGUCAUUGGGAGAGUCUGGCUGACUGUCCUCUUCAUUUUUCGGAUCCUAAUCCUUGGGACUGCUGCAGAAUUUGUAUGGGGAGAUGAACAGUCAGAUUUUGUGUGCAACACCCAGCAGCCAGGUUGUGAAAAUGUGUGCUACGACGAGGCCUUCCCCAUCUCCCACAUCCGACUGUGGGUCCUGCAGAUCAUCUUUGUCUCCACUCCCUCGCUGGUUUAUUUGGGCCAUACUGCACAUCAUGUAAGGAUGGAAGAGAAAAGGAAAGAGCGGGAAGAAGCAGAGAGGGCUCAGCAAGCUGGGGCGGACGAAGAAAAUUCACCCCUUGAUCCAGACCGGAAGAGCCCUAUAACUACGAGAGAAGCAAGCUCCAAGGGAACCAAGAGGUUCCACCUCGAGGGAACGCUCCUGAGAACCUAUAUUUGCCACAUCUUCUUCAAAACCCUUUUUGAGGUGGGGUUCAUAGUGGGCCAGUACUUCUUAUAUGGCUUCCGAAUUCUUCCGCUUUACCGCUGUGGCAGAUGGCCUUGCCCCAACCUCGUGGACUGUUUUGUGUCCAGGCCUACCGAAAAGACUGUUUUUAUUGUGUUUAUGCUUGCUGUGGCAUCAGUCUCUCUCUUCCUCAAUCUUGUGGAGAUCAGCCACUUAGGCUUUAAGAAGAUCCUGGGUGCCUUCAGGAGGCCAGUGGAGCAACAACCUCAGGAGACCCCAGAGAAGCCCCUUCAUUCUAUCGCGGUUUCAUCUAUCCAGAAGGUCAAAGGCUACAAGUUGCUGGAGGAAGAGGAGAAGCCGACGUUCCACUAUUUCCCUUUGACCGAAGUGGGAGUAGAAACCACCCCAGUUCCCCCCUCAUUCAACGACUUUGAGGAGAAGAUCAGCAUGGAACGCCUGAAAGACCUUUCCAGGGCCUUGGGGGAGCACCUGCCUUCUUACGUCUAUGCGGAUGAACAGGAGGAGGAGAAAGUCGAAGCAGGAGAGGAGCCGGAACAGGAAGUGGCUGAGGCGGCGGCCCAGGAACAGAGGGUGGAACUGGUGACUGAAAAAGCCCCAGAGAAAGGAGAAGAUGACAAGCAUAUGGAGGAGGAACAAGAGCCAGAGCCGCUGGGAGACGACUUGCCUUUACCAUCCGCUGAUCUUACAGCUGACACAAGACCCCUCAGCAGGCUAAGCAAAGCCAGUAGUCGUGCCAGGUCAGAUGAUCUGACUGUAUGAGGGUACUGGCUCGAGUGGCUCUGAAGAAGCCACAGAAAUACAUAUAUAUCUCAGAUGUCUCAAAACAAAGUGCUAAACCAGUCAUUUUAAUAUUAUUUCUUAUCAGUGUUUUUGGCUAGAAAGGUGCUAUCAACGCUAACUGCCUUGUCAGUCCUGUUUGUCAUACACAUGGAGCUAGCUGUCCUACGGUGACCCAUUUAACUAAAGAAUCCCUCUUCUUUCACAUACAAAUGCCUCACAUACAAACGCACUAUAUACAGCACUGACAUCCGAGGGGGAAAGCCUUCCUAAAGCAACGAAGACAGACGUAACAACUGUGAUCACAACCUGUUUUUAUGCUCCUCUUUUCUCCGGGGAUGUGGGAAGCCUGUUUCUUCAUUUGGUUAUCAUAAGAUAUCGGUAAACUGUUAACUUGGGUACUUCUUUGUUCGGUGUUUGCUUUGGCCACAACAGUUUUGGUUCUCCCUUCCUUGUUGAGCCUUGAGCGCAAGUUAUUUUCCUCACAAAAAGGGAUACUGGCAAUUAGUAUUGUUAAAUGAGAUCCAUUUAUCCCCCUGUGAAAGAACAAAAGCUGCAGUGUUUGCCUGUGGAGGUAAAUGUGGUUAACUUAUACUUGUAUCCCCUGGUCCAGUUCAGACACAUAACAUUUUGUCCCU